AUGGCCUUUGUAUUCAAAAGAGGUUCGCGUAAGGAACGCGUUCAGUUCGAUAAGAUUACUGCUAGGAUAAACAAACUUUGCUACGGCCUCGAUGUUGACUACGUCGACCCUAUUGAGAUCACGCAAAAGGUUAUCGCUGGUGUCUAUCAGGGAGUGACGACAGUAGAACUUGAUAACCUCGCAGCUGAGACUGCUGCCUACCUUACCACCAAGCAUCCCGACUAUGCUAUUCUUGCAGCACGUAUCGCCAUCUCGAACCUUCACAAGGAGACCAAGAAAAAUUUCUCCCAGGUAGUGAAAGAUCUCUAUGAAUAUAUUAACCCCAAGAAUGGCAGAGCUGCCAGUAUGAUCUCUAAAGAGACGUACGAAGUUGUCCAAGCUCACGCGGAAACGUUGGACUCGGCUAUUAUCUAUGAUCGUGAUUUCCACUAUAACUUCUUUGGAUUCAAAACUCUCGAACGAUCUUAUCUUUUGAGAAUCAACAACCGUGUCGCCGAACGCCCUCAGCACAUGAUCAUGCGAGUUGCGGUUGGCAUUCAUGGCUCGGACAUAGAUCGUGUCCUAGAGACAUAUCAUCUUAUGUCAGAGCGAUACUUUACGCAUGCAUCCCCAACAUUGUUCAAUGCCGGCACGCCCCAUCCACAGCUCAGCUCGUGCUUCUUAGUUUGUAUGAAAGACGAUUCUAUUGAAGGUAUUUAUGACACGUUGAAAAAUUGUGCCAUGAUUAGCAAGACUGCUGGUGGUAUUGGGUUGAAUAUCCAUUGUAUCCGUGCUACAGGUUCUUACAUCGCUGGGACGAAUGGAUAUUCGAACGGUAUUGUUCCCAUGCUUCGUGCUUACGAUGCUACUGCUCGUUACGUUGACCAGGGUGGCAAUAAGCGUCCUGGCGCGUUUGCUAUAUACCUUGAGCCCUGGCACAACGAUAUUUUUGACUUCAUCGAUCUUCGAAAAAAUCACGGUAAAGAAGAGUCCCGUGCCCGAGACUUGUUCUAUGCCCUUUGGAUUCCUGAUUUAUUCAUGAAACGUGUUGAAGCUAACGGAGAGUGGUCAUUGUUUUGUCCUAACGAGGCCCCCAAUUUGCACGAGGUUUACGGAGAAGAGUUUGAGGCCUUAUAUGAAAAGUACGAAAAGGAGGGUCGUUCUAGACGAACUAUACCGGCCCAGAAGUUAUGGUACGCCAUAUUAGAAGCCCAGAUUGAAACCGGUGGUCCUUUCAUGUGUUACAAGGAUGCUGCUAACCGCAAGUCCAACCAGAAGAAUCUGGGAACUAUCAAGUCGUCUAACCUCUGCACUGAGAUCAUCGAAUACUCAUCUCCUGACGAGACUGCAGUCUGCAAUCUCGCUUCUAUGGCUCUUCCUUCAUUUAUUGUGAAUGGCAAGUAUGAUUUCCAGAAGUUACACGACGUCGCCAAAGUCAUUACCAAAAACUUGAAUCGUAUUAUUGACGUCAACUACUACCCAACUCCUGAGGCUCGUAGAUCAAACAUGCGUCAUCGUCCCAUUGGAGUUGGUGUGCAGGGCCUGGCAGAUGCGUUUAUGGCACUUCGCAUGCCGUUUGAUUCUCCCGAAGCAAAGGAGCUCAACAUUCAGAUAUUCGAAACCAUUUACCACGCUGCUCUAGAAUCCAGUAGUGAGUUGGCGGAGAAGGAGGGCCCGUAUGAAACAUGGAAAGGCAGCCCGGCAGAGCAGGGCCAGUUGCAGUUCGACCUAUGGGGAGUUACUCCAACGGAUUUGUGGGAUUGGACAUCCUUGAAAGAAAGGAUUGCUCGUACUGGUCUACGGAACUCGUUGCUUCUGGCUCCUAUGCCCACAGCCUCGACUAGUCAAAUCCUCGGCUUCAACGAGUGCUUCGAGCCAUACACUAGCAACAUCUAUACCCGUCGCGUGCUCGCGGGUGAAUUCCAGAUUGUUUGCCCGUGGUUACUCAGAGAAUUAGUGGACCUUGGUCUCUGGAAUGACCAAAUGAAAAAUAUGAUCAUUGCUAACAACGGAUCUAUCCAAAGUAUCAUUGGCAUUCCUGAAGACGUUAAGGCUAUCUACAAGACUGUCUGGGAGAUCAGCCAGAAGAAAGUUAUCGACCUCGCUGCUGACCGUGGAGCCUUUAUUUGCCAAAGUCAGAGCUUGAACAUCCACUUACAGUCGCCAACACUCGGGCAGCUCACUAGUAUGCACUUCUACGGGUGGAAAAAGGGUCUGAAAACGGGCAUGUAUUAUAUGCGAACACGCCCUGCUGCUCAGGCUAUCCAGUUCACGGUCGACCAGAGCUUUAUCAAAGAUGCCCAAAAGAACAAGCAGAAUGGUGCCGCCAGCCGCGUUGGACGUGUCAACGGCCUUCCCACUCCUUCCUCUUCUGCCUCGGCAUCACCUGUACGAAGUGUCGCUCAGCCGGUGAUACCUAUACCCGCGUCGACUCUUUCAUCAUCACUCUCUACCCCAUUGUCGCAGACAAGCUCCUCUCCCUCGCCUGUCGACACCACAUCUAGCACUUCGGUCUCGAAUGCGGAUCCCGUUUCUUUUUUGUCCACUUUGGAUGAGAAGACACGACAAGCUGCAGAAAAAGAUCCCGAUUUUGCGGCUGCGCUGCAACGGCAACAUGAACGUGAACUGGAAGAGGCUAAACUUUUGUGUUCGCUGGAGAACAAGGAUGCCUGCGUAAUGUGCUCUGGCUGAUUUAUCGUUUGAUCGUUUGGUUUGUCACUUUAGAUUAACAUCUCUGUAACCACUAUUAUGCCUGCCCCAUCUGUGUACGUCAGUCUUGGUUUCUCUGUUAUCAUCAUGCACUUUUAU